AUGGCCGAGAUCACCGCUUUAGAUGCCCUCCAAGCUUUCCAUCAAGGGCUUCUAUCAUUACGCGAAGGUCGCGUUGAGGGCGCAGAGGCUCUGGGCAACGAAUUUCUAGUACAGGUCUUUGAAACAGAAUUAGGGAAAUUAUGGGAUAAACCAGCAAGGAAAGGGGACAAAAGAAAUGCUGUCAAGUCUGGCAAAGUUGUCAUUGACGGUGACGAAUACUCAAUAAACGACAACUUCCAGCAAGAUGUUCUCACCUUUUCUGACGAGGUAGAACUCGACGAGCUCGAAUCUACCCGCUGUUUGCUUGAAUCCCAAGAGGACCCCGACACGCUGGGCCGAUCCCUUCUCGAAUGUGCCAUUAUACGAUUCCACCAGCAGCGCAAAUACGUUUUGGACAUUGUUAGACUUCUUCUCGAGCUAGAAGGCCUCGACGAUGAUCUUGCCGACGCCGAAGCUCUCGAGAGCGUCAAGCUCUACGUGGCUGAGCGUUUGCUUCAGCCAAGCAUGGGGGCAGAUGCUACAAAACGGAUAGUACCUAGGUGCAUGGCUUCCAUGAAGGAGAUUAAGGCCUGGCUUCAGAAGAUAGGAGACAAGAUCGCUGCUGCCCAAACUCUUGGCCAAACUACGACAGGGGGUAUCUCUGAACAAAUGGAGACUAUCGAGUUCUCCAGGGUCAGCUUAAUGCAACAACACGAACUACUAGGUGUCAUCCUCUGCCGGAGUAUUGAAAUGAGACAAGGGUCAACACAAGACUUUCUUGACUUCGUUUCGGUUCUCCAGAAAGUUGAUAGGUAUGAUGCUCUGCUGGUCCACCUUAUACCAUCAAUCGGGGCGUACAUUUCGGUGUUCGGGUCUGCGGAAGGAGGAUAUGACCUCAUCAAGGCUCGUGAGCUGAAUGGGAAACUCUUUCCUGCGGACAGUCCUCUGUGGCCUUUAUCUCAGCUACAGGCUGCUUUUCGUGCUUGGUGGCUCGCCGAGUAUAGUGGUUUUUACGUGGAUGACCCUCCGGAGGCUGCAAUCCCCCCCAACACUGACCUGGAUGAGGAGGAUCGACAACGAUCAAAAGCUUUCCUAGAGUCUUUGAAGGAUGGAUCAUUUGACUUUCUUCUCUCCAUCGCCGCUGAUGUAAAGUCUCCUGAUUGGCACGAUCCUGUGAGAGCAGGCAUGCGCAAAUGGCUUCAACGAAAGUCCCCCGCACUAGCACCAGAUGCGAUUCCGUUCGCGGACUUCUUCCAAUUGACACUGAUGCUCCAGCUUGAAGUGUUUGUCGAUGGCUUUAUCUCUAACCUUCCCGACGUCCUACGAAAGCUUCGUGUGGAGGAGGAUGAGCAACGCCAAUCCAGCCAGACUCACGAGCAAGAUCUCGAUCUCGAAAGAUUCUUGUUGGUCAUUGCGUACGCUUAUGAGGGCCGACCCGAUGCUGCUAUGAAUUUUUGGUCCGAUCCAGACAGUAACCUGGCUGGCUUCAUGCAUUGGGCUUCUCGUAGAGCGUCAACACCUCUGGUAACAGCUUUCUGCGAGAUGCUUCAGGCUAUUUCGGAAAAUGAGGAGUGCGCUUCUGCCGCACACGAAUUCUUAAUGGAUGAGGGCCAUCAUUCAUCUGGGAAGAUGAGAAAAUCGCAGUCUUUAACAUGGGCACAAAUCUUCAGGGAGCUAGACUUCUUCUCUGCCAAGAUACGGCAGAAGCCGACACCGCCCCAGACAAUUCGUUAUCGAAAUGAAAAGAUGAGCAGUGAUCAAGCAGAGACCGAGCCAGAAUCGGCCAUGAUGCUUGAAUGCUACCUUCGAUUAAUGUCAAAGCUGGCCAGCGAAAGCGAGAUAACCAGACAGUUUCUCCUUCACAAUCCCAACUAUAGCCUGGUUGAAACAUUGUAUGAACUCGCAAGCAGUCCCAUCCCCCCGCGUUUACGCGGCUGUACCUUUAUGGCUCUACGGGCUUUGAUGGCACGAAAGUCGCUUCAGGAGGGCAUUCUUAUGUGGAAUUGCCUCGAUACCUGGAUCACAGGAGGGUACGCUUCUCAUCCAAUCACUCGCCAAGCUCAGCAAUCGCCAAUUGUCUCUAUGGACCGUAUCUUUGACGAGAUUAGCAGUGGUUUUGAGGACCCCGAGUCUUUUAUUCAACUCCUACUUUCUCUUAUAUCUCCAGCCAUCGAUAGCAGUCCCCUCAAUGACGGAUUGCCGUUCCCUGAGAAUCUCGGUUCAGCUUCCCGUAUGCCUGGUAUUGAGGUUUAUGUCGACUUCGUGAUGGGACUGGUUUUUGCUACCAAGGCAAAUGACCUUCAAGAUGUGAACCAAACUCGCGUUCUUCGCCUUAGCUGCCUAGAGUUUAUCUUGGUCUGCCUCAACACAUUCAACGAAGAUCUUAUUAUCAUGGCUAAUGAAACAAACAUCAACGUCGAUGGAGUCAUCGCAACUACCGACCUGGCAACCUAUGUUCGCAUGCAUCCUUUUGCCAGAGUGAUGGAAUGGAUGUUUAACGACAAAGUCAUGGCUGCUCUAUUCAACACAAUCCAUCAAGAGCCCGUAGAUGUUGGGAAUGCUGCACCGGACUCGCCCCUUAUUCUUGGCAUCUUACGUGCCGUUGAGGUUAUUAGCAAGGUCCUCGACCUCCAAGCCACCUAUCUCGAGCUUGUUCGGCCCAUCAUCAAACUCCAGUCAAACCAGCGCCGGCCUCCUGUGUCGAACGCCGCAUUUGCCUCAUUUGAAGAUGGCCUGGUAACUCGAUUGAAUCUUGUUGUUGACCUGGGCAACUACUGUGGCAUCGGACACCCAGACCUUACUCUUGCAUGCCUAAAGUUGCUCGAGAAGAUGUCUUCUUCGUCGAAAAUUACUGCUGUCUGGUCAGGCUCUAAUCGUCAAAUGCACCGUAACAAGGCUAUUGUGGCCUUGGAGGCAAACGGUGAACACGAAGCCAUAUCCCGAUCAUUUGUCUCGGAAUUGAUAACCCCUCUCGAAAUUGGGCGUGAGGCAGACUCCCCAGCUUAUGUCACCAAAAUUUACAUCCUCGACUUCCUAUAUCAAUGCCUACAAGAGACGCCUCGCAAGCCGACGAUUGCACACUUGCUUCUCGGCUUCAAGUGCGGCAUUGACUCUCUGUCCGUGGAUGCUAAGGGCGCUUUCGCUUCGAGAACUUCUCUCUUCCACACCUUGUUAAGACUACUCCUGGAGGCUCCCUCUGGCGAUGCCCAAGGAAUGCGACAGUGGCUCAUCGCUAUCAAAUCACGUGUGAUGCGCAUUCUACACAUCCUUUGGAGUUCGCCCCUAUCUGCACCUGUUGUGGUCGAGGAACUUCGUGACAAUGAGAUCCUCUUCCACCUUUUGUUGCGCGAAACAGUCAUCAAUCCUAAUCUCCCAUGGGAAGGUGAGAAUGUCGCCAUGGUGCAGUUCCCUGUGACAGAUGGUGCUGUGGCUUUAAUCGACUUCUUGUCUCUCCGAAGUAUGGGCUUGGAAUACAUUGCUAUGGAGCUUUGUAGCAUAGCUCAGAAUCGUAUGCCCAGCGUGAAGCGCCGCAUCUUUGAGGCACUAAAUGGUCAGAUUAUUGGAGAAGGAAACACACCUAUACCGAUUCCAACUAUUUUCGACCUCUAUGACUUCCUCCUCCCAGAGGGCGUUUGGGAGAUCCCAUUGCCCCCUCUUCAAUACUAUAAAAAUAUCGAUCUCUCAGCCUGUCUAGAGAACGACGCGGACUCCAACCCAAUCUACAAUCUCGAGCGUGUUAAAGAAGUUCUGCUUCUGAAACGAGGUGAAGCUCAAGGAUCGGGAGCAUUGAUUGCAGCUCAGGAUCUGGCUACUAUCGAACGCGAAGAGGGCAUGAUAAUAGAAUAUCUUAUUUCUUCAAAUCGACAGAAGCAGCUCACUACACAGAGCCUCAAGGUGCUGAAGACAUGGACGAAACUUUUACUCGUUAUGAUCGAGUCGAACGACUUCAAGGGUUCAGCACAAACCUCUUUCUUCCUCCAGGCCCUACAAUCGAUUCUACCCAGCUUAGAAGCAUUUGCUUCUGAACGGCCAGAUGAGGCUUUCGAGCUUGCCCGGCUGGCCAAGGUCUUACUCUUCAAGCUUGACCUCUCAGCGUCAGCAGACGACAAGCAAGGCUCAGCCAUUGGUAAUCUCGUGAGUGACAAACUCUUUCAACUUUUCCAGAUCUGCUUGCAAGCCAUCGGCAAGUGGGCUGGAACCCCGGAGUUGAGAUCCGUUUACUAUGGUAUCUGCUACCGCUACCUGAUUGGCAUGGAUGAUCAAGGAUCUCUGAUCUCGAAUCGUCCUAAGACUAUCAAGACGAUCCAAGUGUAUGGUGAGCGCUUGAUAAAUGUUAUCUGCGAUGAUGCCUACGGUGGUGAAGCUCAAUGCCAGACAGCGGCAUUGAUCCUACUCAACGCUCUCGUCAGCCUAGGUCGUCAGGAGAGUGAUGACCAUGUCGUGGAGACUCUCAACCGACUCAAUUUCAUCGGUAUCAUGGUGGAUUCUUUGCGAAAUAUCAUGCAAGAGUGGCAUGAAGUCUUCACAUCAGGCACCUCUGAGCAGCAGAAUUACCAGAAUGCUCGUCUUGCUUUACUCCUUGAGCUUGCGCAGACACGAUCUGGGGCCAAGUACAUCAUCCAUUCCAACCUUUUCCGGUCACUUGAGGAUUCAGGUCUCUUCGGAGCAGAUCCCGAGCUUCAAAUAAACAACACCAACCCUCGUGCUCUUGAGCAACACUAUGGCCUUCUUGCCCAAGUCGUGCGCAUUAUCGGUGCCGCCCUUGUCUCUCGCGGUAGCCACAACGUGGUGCAGGGUCGCAAGUUCCUCACAGAGCAUCGGAUGCUCGUCACCCAUACCCUUAAACGAAGCGCGGGUAUCGGAAGCGGCAACGCGGAUGAGGGCCUGGAUCAAAAUAUUGAGGAGUUGGCUGAAGGGCUAAUGGUUAUCAUCGCAGCGACACGGUUCCUUGAGUUCGAGAAUGAAGUCCUUCCUGAGCCAAAGCAGCAGAGCCACGGUCUCUUCCACUAA